UAUUAUUAUUAUUAUUAUUAUUAUGUUGUUGUUGUUGUUGUUGUUGUGUAAUAAGAGGGGUGUUAUCACGGUAAUUACGAUAUACAAAUGAAGAAUUCAUUUGAAUUGAGUAUGAUAGAUGCGAAGAUUAAGAUAGAUGUAAUCAAAAAUAAUGUGAAGGGCGUAAUAAUUUUGUGGUAAACUGUCAAGUCAGAGUAAUUGUUCACUCAAAUAUUCUUAAUUUUUUAACAUUCUAUGGGGAUUUUUAAACUAUUGAACUAACGUUCAUUUUUGUUUUGGCCAAAAUCUAAACGCAUUUGGUCCGACUCGACUGUCACAGAAAAAGAUUACUAACUGUUCCUUUUAAAAUAUAAAUCAGUCCCUAUGCCCUGGAUAUAUAUAGCUUUAGGAAAUUUUAGAAUAACAGUUACUAUGCUUAUCAGUCACCCUGAAAACAUCUAAAUUACAUUGUUAUAAACAUUGAUUUCUUUAAAAAGUAGACAUUUUAGGACGUAACUAGGAAACUUAACUAAGACAUUCCUUUUUGUCUUGAGUAUAUAAUAUCUGUUGCAGAGAUACACCAAGUGAAGUAGAUAAUUGGUUCUAAACUGAGAAGAGUACGAGUCAACAUUUGCCUGAGUAUAAGAUGUUGGGUUUUUAUGCAACGAGCGUUCUGGGUCCCUUAAUGUUUAUUUUUUUAUUGUUCAUGAAAAUCAUAACUUUGAAAGAUGAAAGAAAUCCCGAUCGGUUUUCUUCUGACUCUUAUAUAUUAGUUUCUGGUCUGAAGUUUUUCUGUGUUUUUGGAGUAUUACAAGAUAGAGUCAUUUUCAAAGUAAUAGAAGCUGGGUAUAUGCAUAACUAUCGACUGAAUCAUUCCCAAUCACCAGUAAGCAUUAUGCAAUAUUACGUCAACUUCUAAUACAAAUAAGGUUGUAAGAAGCUGAAUAAAAUUCAUGAUAUCUAUGGUAUAGCUCUCUUUAGACCAUCGAUCAAAUUGCAAUCAGGAAACCAGUCUUUGUAACUAGACGUUGAGCUGUACUGUGUUUGAUUUUAAAUGUUUAGAGAUAAUCUGAAGUGUUUUCAACCAACGGUUUGAUUUUACUGAUCUGUGUGUGUUUUCCAUUAUCGACUGCUAAAAUGUGACAGAAUAAACCUCUGAGAAAACCAAACGUUUGUAACAGUUGUUUCAUCAGAAUUAAUUUAAGUAUUUUAGUAAUAUCCUUCCAACAAUUAAAUUAAAAUACGGAUGUAUCAAUACCAACAUAUAAAAACGAGGAAUACUUGGAGGUUUCCUGUUUGCGAUUAAACGAAGGAAACGUAAUUGAACGUGCUCUAGAUUUUAUCUAUAGUUCGAGAGAAACAGAUUAUGAAUAUCGAUAAUUUACUAAUAAUUAAUUGGUCUAUUAAGUUGAUUGGUCAUUUAAUUUCAAUAUAUUUAUUGGAAUGAAGCCACACUUUCAUGUCUGACCUUGUAUCCUACUUCAGUUGUACGUUGGUGGAUCCACUAUACUUCAGCAAUGAGUCAAACAUGUGAAUGGAAAAAUGAGGUCAUAAAGAAGCAGGCCCAAAAAGAACGAGAGAAAGACGUGGAAAAACGAUGGGCAGACGUGAUGUCUAAGAACGGUGAGGGAGCUCCUGAAUGGUUAAAAGAAGCUGCUAUGAAGAAAAAACAGAAACAAAGUUUGAAACAGAAAGAUGAGAAUUUAGCUCCAUGGCUAAAAGAAGUUCAGAAGAAGAAUGCCGGUUUAGCAAGAAGGAUAUCCGAUGCCACAAAUUGUGAAAUUGAAAGUAAUCUGGGCUGAAAUACGAAUUUGGUGCGUUUUUUUCCUUAUUACGAUAGUUUGAUAUGUUUUUGAAUGAACGGUAAAUUAGAUUGUUCAAUAUCAUGUGAAUUCCACACAGAGAUUAACUAUACUACAAACAUACAUAUACGUUUAUUAUCAUGAUUCUUUUCCUUGUAUAUUAUUAUUUGCGCUUUAUUUAAUAACCUGAUUUGUGGAAAUCCAGAAUAUUUUCCUAACACAUGACUUUCAUUUCUUGAGUUUAUCAUACACUGAACAUGUAAGCCCAAAUCUUCAUAAAUAUUCAAUUAAUUUUUUCAGUUCUUACCAAUUUAUCUUCACAGUUAAAAUUACGAGUCAAUCUAAGUUAAACCAUCAUUGGAAAUCUAGAAGCACUGGACGACCGUCUUGUCUUAUUAUGGGACUUGGAACCAGGUCAUUCGAUCUAUCGUGCGGAUACUCAAAUUCUAGACAACGACUGGCAUUGAACUGUGUUCGUGUCUAACUUCAGUAAAUCAUAAUCUUGCGCAACCCUUUGUCGAUUGGCUGUG